GACAGUGACAGUGACAGAGAGGUUGAGGUUUUUAGUUAAAAGAUGCGAUGAAUUUGUAAAUCAUCAGUAUUCUUUAAUCGUAUAUAAGAUUACUAAAAAAGGCUUGCAUAUGAAUUUGGGGUUGUUCAAUCGUAUGAACUUAAAGGAAAGCAGUGAAAGCAAAGGGAUGUAUUCAGAAUGGACAUCCCUAAGUUUGGAGGUGCAACAAACGGGCGAGGAGGGUCAAAGUGUUUUGGAAAAAUUUGGAUUACCCGUUAGCAAAGAAGUUACUUUAGGUUUAGUACGUCAACUUGCCAGUAAUCUUGGAUUAACACAGCCUCCUGAACCAAGCUCUUUAACUACAGACAGAGAUGUUCAAUGGUGCAUGGAAGUCUUAUGCUUCGGUUUAUCGUUGCCACUUUCAGAACACGAAGCUAUUAAGGAUUGUGUAAAUGUAUAUUGUGAGUGGCUUACAGCGCUGCUACCAAAUCCCAAAGUUUGUGUUCCACAACCAAUAAUUGAUGAUCCCAACAUUUACUCCAGGAAAAUUAUUGCACAUUUGCACUAUCUCUUCGUGCCCCGCAAAGGAGAAGACUGGCCUUUCUUAUAUCAGGACCUAGGAUUUGAUACAAUAAACAGGCAGGCAGUGCUGUGUCACCGUGUUUUAAGAACGUUACAACAAAUUGCACAUCACUCAAAAGUACUAGAGAGAGAAACUUGGGAGGCCCUCCUUCUAUUUCUUCUCGCAAUAAAUGAUACUCUGCUGUCACCUCCCACAGUAAAAGAUGAUGUGGCUGAUCAGUUAUGCGAAAGGGUUUUAAGCGUUCUUUUUGAGAUCUGGUUGGUGGCUUGUGCUCAAUGCUUUCCUUCUCCACCGCUUUGGAAGACUCUAAGAGAGUCCUGCAUGAAUUGGAGGCAUAGAGUUGCCCUUAUAGAACAGUGGAAUCGAGUAAAUUUAGCAUUAACCUCCAAAGUCCUAAUUUUUAUGUAUGGACCAUCAUUCCCGGAACUGAAAAUAGGCGAAGAUGACUUAAUUCCGCAAGGAAUGUCUAAUGACUGCAUAGCCCAGAGUUGGUACAGGUUUUUGAACACGAUCGGUAAUCCUGUUAGUCUAACUAAGCCUGAAGUCAUCAGUCAAACUCAAAAAUUCUUGCAGUUUGCAAUAAGUAACGAUGAAGUGGUGGAUCCGUGUCAACAUCCUUGUUUGCAGGCGUUGCCUAUAAUUUUCUUGAAAGCAAUAAAAGGCAUUGCGGGACAAGUUGACGCAUUCUUGGGUAUUGCACAGCCUAUAUGGUGGGAUACUGUGGUGACAGGUGGCAACACUGAUAAGAGCAAAGAGAUUCCACCAAUUACGCACUCCCCCACUCCUCCAACUCAACGCAGAUUAGCGAAAAGUUUUAGUGUAGCACCAUCUUCUGUUAAUAAGGGUAUCCCCAAAGCAUCUUUAAUAGGUCUAACCACUAGCAGAAGCUCAGCAGUUCCACAAACAUCAGCUCCCAAUUCUGGUCCUUCAUCGACAUCGAGUAUAUCAUCUUUAGCAUCGUUUGGUUCAGAACCAAGAACUCCCUUGGCACCUGGUAGAGCAAAAUGCAACACGAUUUUACAUCUAUUUGGAGAAUGGCUGUUCGAAGCAGCAUUUAUUGGUUGCGAAUUGCCACAAAGACAAUUGAGCGAACAAAGUAAACGACCCAGUUCCAUCGUAAUGGAUAGUAAGUCCUCCCUAAACUAUUCCCAACCAGGAUCAAUGAGUGACUCAAGUGAGUUGCCACCAGGAUUAACUAUCGACAAAUAUGAGAGCGGCAGAGCAGAGGCGUUAGGAACACUAUGUAGAAUAAUGUGUGCGAAGAAAACCGGUGAAGAAAUUUUACCAGUGUAUCUGGCAAGGUUUUAUCUGGCGAUUCUGCAAGGUCUGAAAGUGCCCCCGAACAAAGAAUGUGGGGAAUGUAUGGCUGCGAUUUUAAUAAACUCGGCCGAUCUGUUUCAUUUAGAUUUAGACGGUGUUAGAAUACUAGUGCCCGCUUUUAUUUCAGCCCUGGAAGUAGUGUUGCCUGAUAAAGAUUUAAAAUUGAGUGGCAAUGUAAAUAAGGUAGAACUAAGAAAAUCAUCUAUACAACUGUUGUUGUCCAUGCUAGUGUUACCGUUACAUUUCCAAAAUAUCAUGAUUAAGGAGCUUAUAAAUACCGGGUCAAAUGAAAGGCCGAUAACUUUUGGUCAGCUCAAGCCUAAGUUAAUGAAUCUUCUAAUGAAUGCGUUGCAAAUCGAAUCUGAUCCACAGAAUACUCACAUGUUGUUGGGUGGAUUGUUUUUGUGCGUGCAAGAUUCUGCGAUUUAUGAAAAAGUGGAGCAAGUUACUCAGCCGUCUACUGAGACUUCCUCUAAUUUACUCAGUUCGGCUUCUGAUUCGGCAAGUAUGGCCAGCAUGGCUAGCAGCGAUCGUUCUACUCCUGAUCAGUUUGGCCCUUCUGAAUAUGAUCCACUGUUGUCGCCCAUAGAUUCUGCUCAUGCUCUCUUUGUUAGAGCUACGUACUUGGUGUGUCAUCGUUUGAUAUCAUCUUGGAAAACAGAUUUAAAUGUGUCACUAGCUGCAUUAGAAUUAUUAUCUGGGUUGGCUAGGAUUCAUAUUAAGGGAUCAGAUGCAAUGGAAUGUAAACGGGCAGUUAAAUGGUUAUGUGAUUACAUUGUAUAUCAAUGUUCAAGACCACCACCCGCCCAUUCCAAAGAUUUACAUUCUACAAUCGUAGCAGCUUUCCAGUGUUGCUCUGUGUGGCUACUAGAACAUCCGUAUUUAUUAAGAGACAAAGAUUGCCUCACAACGGUUUUAGAAGUUGCAGAACUGGGAGUAUCGGGUACUAAAUCAGUCGGAAAACCCGGAGAACCCGUGAAGAUGAAAGAGGAGAAAGAGCUGAAACCUGCCUCUUUGAGAGUACGUGAUGCUGCAGAAAACCUGUUAACAUUAAUUUUGGAACAAGUCGCUUAUUUCCCGAGUGAGUGCGGCCCGGAAUCCAUUUCUUCGUUAUUAGAUGAGGUGUCGCUUCUGAAGCAUUGCAAUUCUUGGCUGACUGGCCGCAAUGAUCAGUCGGCAGCUGUUGAAAGGUUUAGGUAUUUUGUUACCGAGGGUUCUGUUAUGUUGGCACUAUUGGAAGAACCUCUAGGAAAUGAUCAGGACCCACAGCCUACAGUUACUCUGCUAAUUCGGGGACCGUUUGGCAGGCAUGCGUGGACUAUGCAACUCAGGCAUUUGCCGAGACACAGAUCGGGUACAAAAUACCACGCACAUAACGCCUGUCGGCCAGUGGUUAUGCAGGAUACCCCCGUUCGAUCCCAGGUCAAGCAAAAAUACUUCCCAGAUAGUGUCGAUAGAGUGAUACAAUGUAAAGUAGAUCAGUCCAUUCCAUCUCUAGAAUCAGUAUUAUCCCAAGACGAGACCAUCAGUAAAGAAACGGAGAUGUUAUCUCAGUUGAUGGGAAGACAAACAGCAGUCGAAUUGAAUAUUGCUCAACUGCAGUCGUCUACGGUUUUAGAAGAAUGUACUCCGCCCCCAGCUUGUCAUGAUUUUCAAACUGCUAGGCUGUUUUUGUCGCAUUUUGGUUUAUUGUCACUCGAUGACUCAGAGGAGGAGAAUGGAUCUACUUUAUCGGCCAUCGACAGCAGUGCUACAGAAUUUUGCAGAGAUUUAAGUCUUCUCGAUAAUAUGAGUCCAAGGACUUGCGAUACGGUGCAUAUAUUUUACGUAAGAUCUCAGCAAACUCAGGCGCAAGACAUUGUAAGCAACAUUCUCAAUCAGGGUAGUAUUUCUUCUUAUUUUUGGGAAUUUAUACACAGCUUAGGGUGGCCUGUUGAAGUUAACAAGCAUCCAGGAUGGACUGGCCACACAUCAACUAGUUGGAAAGUUGUAACGGGUGCGGAACAGAGUACAACACCAAAACAAAAAUUGUACGAUGGAUCAUCUCAUGUUCUUUACUGGGCAGAUGCUUGCUCGGAAAUAGCAUUUGUUGUACCCUCUCAGAUAAAAUCUUCUGAAUCUCAAAUGGAUCAACCUAGUUUCAAUACAAGCAGUUUGUCUUCUUGGAACGAUAAAAGUUGGGGCGACUCCAACAGAGACAAGAGAACCUUAAGCCUCGAUUUGGAAAAGCAACCCGUUCCUCCAAAAAGAGCUGGGCAUCGGUCUAACAUACACCCUCACACCAAUACAAAAAUAAUGGUUGUCUGGUUGGAAAGUUUUGAGGACCAUUUAAAUCUUCCAAUAGGCGAUCUUUUAAAUUGUAUGAACACGGGCCUUGAAAGAGGAGCAGUUCCUAAAACAAGCGACGUUCUGGUGAUCUAUUUGCAUUUAUUAUCUACCGGGCUUUUAAGGAUUCAUUUGCAAGGACCUACAGGGCGUGUAGGAUUAGCUUCGCCAUUGGUGGAUGGAAUGGUCGUUAGUAGAAGAGCUCUAGGUCCUCUUGUACGUUACACUGCCUUGAAUAUGGCUCGUAGAAGGCGACUAGAUUCAGACAGUUAUCAGCCUCCACAUGUCCGCAGAAGACUAAAAAUCCAGGAAAUCGUCCAGAAAUAUAAAAGGGAGAUGAGUAAACCGGAAUUAUUAACGUACUUAUUUAGUAGCACUUAA